UCAGGCACCGGGAAGAGGAACUGGGUUUUGCACUACCGGGUCGGGGCGAGCGCACCGCCGUGUACCGGGCGGCCCCGGUCCCCCCCUUCCCCAUCAUCAUCAUCCUCCUCCCCAACCCCACCUCCCCCCCCCCCCACCUACCCCCCCUCCGCUGCUGCUGCGGCUGCCGCCUCGCUGCAAGGGAGGGAUGGGGCGGGGAGGAGGCGCUGGGGGCGAGGCCGGGCCUUUGCAUCCCCCCCGCACCCCCUCCGCAGCCCCCCUGCUCCCCCUUGCAUCCCCCCUGCUCCCCCUUGCAUCCCUUUUGCUCCCCGUUGCAUCCCCGUUGCAUUCCCUUUGCAUCCCCCCCUGCUCGCUCCUUCUGCUGCAAGGGGACGUGCUUGCCAGGGCUGCCUGCUUGCUGCAGGGUGCGUGCUUGAAAUAAAAUCCCCCCAACCUCCUCCUCCCCCGCCCCGAGCACCCCCUCCAUCAUGAUUUUGCUGAGCAGCUUCUUGCACCUUCGGCUUCGCCGCUGCGGCCCCUUCGCAGGGCUGGGCAGGGGGGUCAGCCCCGCAGUGGGGUCCCGCAGGGCUCUGCGGGUGCUGGUGGACAUGGACGGGGUGCUGGCUGACUUCGAGGGAGGCUUCCUCAAGAAGUUCAGGGCCAGGUACCCCGACAAACCCUACAUUGCCCUGGAGGACCGGAGGGGCUUCUGGGUGUCGGAGCAAUACGGGCGCCUGGGACCUGAGCUGAGUGAGAAAGCCAUCAGCAUCUGGGAAUCCAAGAACUUCUUCAUUGAGCUAGACCCACUCCCCGGGGCUGUGGAAGCUGUGAAGCAAAUGGCAAAUUUGGCAGACACCGACGUGUUCAUUUGCACAAGCCCCAUCAAGAAGUACCGCUACUGCCCUUACGAGAAGUAUGCCUGGGUGGAAAAGCACUUCGGCCCCGAGUUUCUUGAGCAGAUCGUUUUGACACGAGAUAAGACGGUGGUUUCUGCUGACCUGCUUAUAGAUGACAGACCUGAUAUAACAGGGGCUGAGCUGAACCCCAGCUGGGAGCACGUGCUCUUCACGGCCUGCCACAACAAGCACCUGCAGCUCAAGCCCCCCAGCCGCAGGCUGCAUUCCUGGACCGACGACUGGAAGGCAAUUCUGGACAGCAAACGCCUGCCACCCAGCCAGGCUGCCUGAACACCAGCCUCCCGCAGCUGCCCCGGGGCUGCGGCCACAAGCUCAUGUCCCUCUGGAGUCCUGCUGAAGGCUGAAACCACAGAUGGACAGACAGACAGAUGCUGUCCCUGCUGCGGAGAGGAAGAGGAGGCUGAAGCAGCCCCAGACAGCAGACCCCAGCCCAGCCAUGCUGCAAGGGACCAGCAGCAGGAUUGGCCCCGUGGACCUGACAGUGCGGCUGGGGGGCAUUUCCCACUGGCUUCUGGAGUCUCUGUGCUGCAUGUGCACCCCCUGCAAGGUCAGGCCGGUAUUUCUAACAGACACGGUCACCCUCAGCAUGUCACUGCCCUUGUCCAGUGGACUGCAUGGCACAGACCAGCUCUCCGUUGUCCUCUCAGCCUUACGGUCAGGGAUCAGGCAUUUUGUUACGUUCUUGCAGGGCUUCAUACCCAGGGGGCUGCCUUGGGGGAUGUUUUCUCCUGGUCGGUGCCCAGGUCUGGGGAGAGGGGCGGCUAGAAGGGGAGGGAGAGCAGGCGGACGCUGCCAGGCUCCCUGCACCAGCUCAGAUGUGCUGUUCCUUGCAGCUGAUGCAACGGGAUGGCUACAUUUUUCCCUGCAGGAAGAGUCCCUGCAGUGGGAUAUGGGGACAGUACCACUUCUCCAGUGGACCUGGCCCCGGGGCGAGAGCCCUGAGGCACCGUCACACCUGAGAUGUAGCCCUCCUCCAGCUGCCAGGAGGGAUCUCCGCUUGCCCUCAUCCCUGAGGAGCUGCCGCAGCUUCAGAGCUGAUUUGGGAUGAAGAGAGUGGCUCUUCUCCCACCUGCUCAUUGCUUGUGGGCCACUCGCCGGCGGCAUAUCUGGGGCAGCGAGCGGGUAGGGGCAGUGCCAGCACCAGCCCUUCCUGGGAGCCGGGCAGUUCCUGCAGGAGCUCAUGGCUCACCCUGCCAGCCAGCGAUCGGACGGUAACUCCUCAGAUUUCAAAGCCAGGAAGGUCUGCACACGCAGGCUGCAUGAUCAAAUCACCCCAUCUCCCUCCUCCUGGUAGUGUCUGACAUCAACCUGCCAGGAAAGCUCUGGGUGUGCAUCCACUGGGCACCCCCGUUCUACGCACAAGGUCCUGGGUGCUGCAUCCCACUGGGGUCAGGCACUGGGAUGGUUGAUGCCACUGAGCUUCCUAAAGCCUUCAGUGCAGAGCUGCCUGGGAAGGUGUCGCUGCAUGGAGAAGUGGGGCUGGUGGAGGAGCUACGGCAUUGCUGAGAAGCGGAUAAAGCAGAGGCACCACGGCUGUCCAAAGGGCAGGCUGAGAGUUGCACUGGUGGAGGAUUGUCAUCCGUGGAUGCUGUUUCCAGUCCUCACGUACCACAAGGGAAGAAGUUGGGGGCACGUUGCCGUUGAAGGCUGGGGAGCCCAUCAGAGGUGCCAGUGAGACUGUAUCAUGGGGUUAGUUUGCUCUGCAGCUGCCUGCAGCUCCGCUGCUGCCCCGACUCUGGAUGUCUGGGGACAGAGCAUGCUGCCGGCCACACUCACCUCAUGCUGGGACCCCUGUGGCGAGGAGUUUGGCCACCUGGCCGGAGCGAAGGGGCUGCACCGUAUGUGCCUGUCUGUUCCACUCGCCGCUGCCAGGGGUUGCUGAGCUCUGGGAGCAGCCAGCGCUGCUGGGAAGCUGGAGCUGGGCACCGAAAAAGGAGCGUUUGGACCGAGGGGCAGCUCCAAGAGGGAUGUUUUUUGCAUAGCUGUCCCUACAGCCUCUUCCUCCCUUGCCCGGCUCCUUCCUGCCUCCCUGAGCCUGCACCAACCCGGCCUUGAACUGCAGUGACCCACCCAGCCCCGGAGAAGAGACAUCCCAGCUGCUGGGGAGAGCCGGGCAUCCGCUCCCCACGACACGGGCCACGAGGCAGACACAUCCUGACCAUCCCAACUGGGAACCAGCGCUGGGCUGCCCCAGGCAAAGCCCCGGGGAUGCGCCGGGUGCGUCAGGGCCAGCGUGUGUCUGCGUCACUGCUGACACCACAGAGGCCACGCAGCCCCCGCUCCCGCCUGCCCCCCACGCCGUCCGGGAUCCCACCACACGCUCCUGCCCUCCUGACCUGAGGACUUGCUGGCUGCAGGAGUAAAAUUCCCCACCGGGACACGUAGUCCCAAGGGCGGGGGUGGUAGCCAGGGUUUGACUGGGGUUAGCCACCCUAUGCUGCCUGCUCAUGCCUUUGGCUUGCUUCUCCUCUCCUAUGGGCUCCCCGCCAGCGAAAAAAACUAUGUGAGCUGAAAGCUACAUAGCCAACAAAUGACCUAUUUCAGCAGCGGCAGUUGGCCCCCACCAUGUCUGGGACCUGGAGGGGCUACUGAAUUCAGGGCUUCUGAGUCUGUGCCUUCCCCGGCUGCUGCAGGGCCAGGGAUGAAGCCUGCAUCGCCUCCAGUCUUUCUGAAACCUGUCCCGUCUAUUGGGAUGGGGCGAGUGUGUAAAGACAGCAUGGUUGGCCCAUGGCAGUGGGAGUUACAUACCACAAGGAUUUUUUUUUUUUUUCUUUUUUCCUGUUUAAACCACUGUGUUUGAGGGGGUGGUAUUUGGGAGGGGUGUUUGCAAUGCACACCCACCUGAGAUGCAGCCCCGGAGAUGCUGAGCAUCACGUACCCCUUGGCCCUUCCAGCUGCCAGCCCCUUUGUGCAGCUGGGGUGGCCUCAUGGGGUCCGAGCUGUUUUUUUUCCCCAGCAGCACCAUUUGAAUAUGAGUUGUCAUAUUGCGGGGAGGGAGGACUGCAGGACCAUCCCGACAGGGCUGGGAAAAUCCCCAUUUCCAGGUUGGGCUCCGGGAAGGGGUGCUCCAGCCAGGCAGUGGCCCAUCCCAGGCUCUCCUUGCCCUAAAUAUAAGUUGCCCAAGCUCUCCAGAGCCUUCUGGCAGCCCAUCCUUGAGCCAAAACUGGAGCUGGCGUGUCGUUACGGCUGCCCAAACCAGCCCUUUUCCCCCGAGGCUGUGGUGGACCCGAGGGACAUGGCUCUCUGACAACCAGCAGGUCUUUCCCCCUUGGUGGGACAUGUGAGACCAGAGAGACCACGUGGCUUCAUGCCAAAUAUACUUGAAAGCACAGCUGGAGUUUCUCAUGCAUGAGGCUCCGAUUCGACGCACAGAGAUCGCAAGCAGGUAGCUGGCCUGUUUGCACCCGCCGAGCUCGGGGCUGGGGGGUGACUCCCUGUCAUCCAGCAGAUUGACCCUUUCAAUGUUCAGGCCCUUCCGUGGCCAGCUAAAAUGCACAGAGCUUUUAUUUUUAAAUGCACAUCUAUAAAACCGAGGCCAGUGAGGAGCACUGCAAUAAACACUGGGUUUUAUUGGCAUCCAGCUUCCUAGAAAUGGAGUUCAGGUUUUGCAGUUUCCCACCAGUGGCUCUGCCUUCUGCAUGGGGAUGGUGGGGUGUUCGCCUGUGGGCUUGGGCAAGCCCCUGUGUCCAAAAAGACUGAAACCAGCUCCCAGCAGUGCCAUUACCCCAUUAGAUAAGAGUCACUGUGGGCAGAAAGACAGGUGCAUUUAGGUAGCGAUCAGCUUCCUGAACAUCUUUUAUAAUAAAUAGAGCCAUGAAGUGUGUCUCCUGUUGGGCCACAGACCAGAAGCAAUAAAAGGGGCUGAAGCUGUCA